AUGCGUGAACAACAACCAAAUGAUUAUAAUCCACAACAGUUUCAAGACCUCUUCUAUAAAAUCAUUCAAACUUUCCCACAGUUUGAUACAAUGCAAAAAUCACUGUCCACCAAUGAAUUAUCCCCUGAGAAAAGUGCUCAAGACCUAACAGUUAAUCGUGGACAGUACGACUUGAAUGCAUCAGAUUUUAACUGUAGUAACACCACUCUUGGUACAUUACCCAGUCCAUCUGAAAAGUCUAGUCCACAUGAUUCUAGUUUAUGUCAUUCUCAGCAUACUUCGACAGAAAUGAAAAAACAUCAAACGGAUUAUCAACAACUAAAUCAUCAACAAGAGAAAGAUGACAAAGCAGUAAGACAUGCUACAGAAUGUCAGAAUAAAUUAUUCUCUUGUAUAAUAAACGACGAACGGGAGAGGCGAAAGCAUGCCAGUAGUCAAAGGAAUGCAUUUCAUUUUUCUUCAGUGAACAAUACACGAGAUAACAUAAGCCCUUUAGACGCCGCUAUACAGUAUGAAAAGUCACCGAACAGUAUACGCAAUAUCGAUAUUGACACAGUAGAAAGUUAUAAGUUGCAUACUAAAGAAUUAGCACAGAAUUAUCAUUGUCACUACCACCACUGUCAGAAGAAUAAUGAGUCAUCAGCCGAUGAAUACCAUGCUAUCAAUCUAUCCAUGAAGGAGAAUAAUCUAUCAAAAACAAAACUCCCCUAUCAACCUGAUAUAAGCGAACAUAACAUUCAGGCAAAUGAUCAAUCGCUCUUUAACUCAAAACUUCACGAAUAUUAUACUAAACUCUUGCAAAUCAAUUAUUUUGAAUGUCCUAUUCCUUCUUUAUCCCACAUCAAUAACGACUACUAUUCAAUCAAUGAUAAAUUUCAUGAUGUCAGUAAUAUGAAUAAUAUUAAUCACAUUCUUGUAGGUGAUCAAUGUUCAACAGAUCCUCAAACCACUGAUCUUCAAUCAGUUCAUCUUUCCAGCACAAACUCCUCAGUGAAUUCAGAUAUUUUUGGUACUAAUUACUCAAACGACUUAUCGUAUUUAUAUAAAACUGUACAGUCCAACUUUCUAUCGGAUAUUUAUCAGUCUACUAUACGGAACAGUCUUUCAAAAAACAUAUCAACGUCACCUUCCUGCCUGCCACUAAAGUUAACUAAGUUAGGUUCUCAUUUACUUACAAACGAUAAUCUCAAUUCCUUAAGUGGAACGUGCAGUACAAAGUCGAAGAAACAUUACGCGAACGCAAUCCUUCAGAAGAAUGACGAUAAUGGUAAUAAAAGAUCAACUCAGAGUAUAGACCAAAUAAUAAUUAACAAUGGAUCAAAUACUUACGCUUGCAAACUAUGCUCAAAAGUUUAUUCGCAAGCAUCUGCACUAAAAAUGCAUGUACGCACGCAUACAUUACCAUGUCGUUGUACACAUUGCGGUAAAUCAUUUUCCCGUAAAUGGUUACUUAAAGGACAUGAACGUACACAUACUGGUGAAAGACCAUAUUCAUGCACAGUCUGCGGACGAUCAUUUGCUGACAGAUCAAAUCUACGAGCACAUAUGCAAACGCAUCAACGUGAAAAACGUUAUUCAUGUUCAUAUUGUCCACGUUCAUUCUCCCGGAUGGGCCUCUUAAAUAAACACAUACUACAAUGUAGUCAUCAAAAUAACGGAUCUAACGAAAUCGUUAACAAGAGAAGGGACGGGAAUCAUUGUUUCAGUAUAGAUUUGCUCAAUGUAAAACAAAGUCAGUCCUUGGUCAAAACAAUAAACAAUUUAUUAGAAAAUUAA